AUGUUUAUUAAUCCACUAUCCAAAGCCAAAUGUAUUCUAACUGUUGAGAAAAUCGAAAAAGCUAUUAAACCAUAUAUUCGUGAUCUGCCUCGUGAAUUACCAGACAAUAUCCCAAAUGAUGUUUCUGACAUUUCAACUUUUUUGUAUCUCCUUGUCACAAAUCUAAAAGCGUAUAAGCAACCAAGAAAGGAAAUAAGAUUUCCCACGGCUGUUGGUACGGCUGGAAAAUGGAAAACAACAUUUGCUCGAAUGGCAUUUGAAAAUCAAGAGAUUUAUUCUGAAAUAGUACAUGAUGAAGUUGUAGAUGUGGUGAAAGAAUGUCGUAAUGCGGGCCGGAUUUUUCAAAUCAUGUGUGAUGAAUUAGCAGAUGACGAUUUAGAUUUUCCCGAAACGUCUUUCGCGAUCAGGUUACUAUACGAGGCUUUGAAAGUUCAGAAGAAGAAUGGACGUAUCGGAUGGCUCGGGACAGUUCUCCAGGCUCUUGCAAGAGUCAUAUCAAAUGGUUAUUUUCUUUUUAUUGUGCUAACUGGAACACAUGCAAAUGCGUUGUUUUAUGUAAUAAUAUCAUCAAACGCGAAAAUUGAAGACAUAGCUUUACCACUGUUGAAAACUGAACAUGCUAAAGAAGUUAUAUUAGAUCUUGCUAACCGGGGAGUAGUAAGUUAUAAUUAUUAG